CUGAUAGUGAAAAUAAUACACUUCUCACCAGAGCCACGGGACACCGAAAGAGUAACUUCGGGCAAUUAGUUUAACUUUGACUAUAAAUAUUCCUUCUCAUUCCUUGUGACACCGUUAACAGCUCCGCUGGCAAAUCCCGAUUCUCUGGCAAUAUUUAAGCUGCCUGUCAGUUGGCAGAGGCUUGGUGGUGCCCGGCGCAGGGAACAGAAUGAGACCCGGCUGAGCGCAAUAUAUGCAUCGAGAAAAAGAAGCACUCCACCUGCGUAAGAAACCAUGGAGAGCACCAGCAGCGCCCCGUCCUCUGUGACCCCGCCGUGGGAUGUGUUUCCCCAGAAGACGCUGGACUCCAUAGACAUUGCUGUUCUUGUGCUGUACUUCCUAUUCGUCCUCGCAGUCGGGCUCUGGUCCAUGUGGAAGACGCAGCGCAGCACUGUAAAGGGCUACUUUCUAGCUGGAGGACAGAUGGUUUGGUGGCCUGUGGGAGCAUCUCUGUUUGCCAGCAACGUUGGAAGUGGCCACUUCAUCGGCCUGGCUGGGUCGGGAGCUGCCUCGGGAAUUGCUGCAACAGCCUACGAGUGGAACGGGAUGUUUUGUGUUUUGGUGCUGGCCUGGCUAUUCCUUCCAAUUUACAUAGCAGCAGGAGUUACCACCAUGCCAGAGUACUUGCGGAAACGUUUUGGAGGUAAAAGAAUUCAGAUGUUCCUGGCGAUUCUCUACUUGUUCAUCUAUAUCUUUACCAAAAUAUCAGUCGAUAUGUACGCUGGGGCACUCUUCAUUCAGCAAGCCUUACACUGGGACCUCUACAUCGCUGUGGCAGGGGUUCUGGCGAACAACGGCUUGCGGGCAAUCACAGCCGUUUACACUGUUGCGGGUGGCCUGGCAGCUGUGAUAUACACAGACGCUCUGCAAACGCUCAUCAUGCUGAUUGGGGCUGUGACUCUCAUGGUCUUCAGCUUUGUUGAAGUUGGCGGUCUUGAAGGUUUGCAGACAAAAUACUUUGAUGCCAUUCCCAGCACUCGCAAGGAAAACAGUAGCUGCGGCUUGCCAAGAGAAGAUGCUUUUCACAUUUUCCGAGACCCUGUUAACUCUGAUCUUCCCUGGCCAGGAGUUUUGGUGGGAAUGACCAUCCCUUCCCUGUGGUACUGGUGUACGGAUCAGGUCAUCGUUCAGAGGUCCCUUGCUGCUAAAAACCUCUCUCAUGCCAAAGGAGGCUCCUUGAUGACCUCCUACUUGAAAAUUUUGCCCCUCUUUAUGAUGGUAAUGCCAGGCAUGAUCAGCCGAAUUCUCUUCCCAGAUCUGGUGGCUUGUGCAGAUGCGGAAGUUUGCCGAAAAAUCUGUGGCAACCCAUCUGGCUGUUCCGAUAUUGCUUAUCCUAAGCUGGUCAUUGAACUUCUGCCUGUAGGACUCAGGGGCCUGAUGAUGUCAGUGAUGAUAGCAGCUCUCAUGUCCUCCCUGACUUCCAUCUUUAAUAGUGCCAGCACCAUUUUCACCAUGGACCUCUGGAAACACUUCCGUCCUCGUUGCUCUGAGUGGGAACUCAUGAUCGUUGGCAGGGUCUUUGUGCUGCUGCUCACUGUGGUCUCCAUCCUUUGGAUCCCACUGGUACAGGCUGGCCAGGGAGGGCAGCUCUUUAUUUACAUCCAGUCAAUCAGCUCCUACCUGCAGCCUCCGGUGGCAAUGGUGUUUAUCAUGGGUUGCUUCUGGAAAAGAGCAAAUGAAAAGGGCGCGUUCUGGGGCCUGGUGAUUGGGCUGAUGCUGGGCGUCAUUCGGCUGGUGCUGGACUUCAUCUACCCAGAGCCCCAGUGCGGCGAGAUCGACGUCCGACCAAGCGUGGUGAAGUACAUGCACUACCUCUACUUCUCCAUGGUCCUGGCCGCGAUCUCCACGCUCACUGUGCUGGUCGUGAGCAUGCUCACAGAACCGCCCUCGGCAGAAAUGAUAAGUCGGCUUACCUGGUUCACACGUGGGGAUCCACCAGUCAAGAAAGACCUAGCAGUCAGCCCUUCCCCUGAUGCUGCAAAAGGAGUGUGUGAAGCUGAGCGUCCCGCUCUCCAGAUUGAUAUAAGCAUUGCUUCUGAAAAUAGUUCAAAUGAUAAUAAAUGUACGACCACCGCUGAAGGGAACUCGAAGCUGAUGACCGCCUUUCUGUGGCUCUGCGGGAUGGAGCGCAAAGAGGAAAAUGCCAAGAAUGCGGCGCCGACUAAACUCGAGCCGCUUCCCAUGGCUUCCCUGGAGGAGAAACCGCUGGUGAAACACGUCCUGAACAUCAACUUGCUAUUAUGUGUAUGUGCUGGGCUCUUUCUCUGGGCCUACUUCGCGUAG